CUUGCACGGUGUCUGACGCGCUACAUGCACUAGACAGAAUCGGGGACGGGCGUGCUGGACUUCUCCUCCAUUCGCCCCACCGCAGCAGCCGUCCCAGAACACAGGGAGUAAGUAGUCCUCAGCCGAAAAGAGACAAUGUGGAUGAUGCUGGAUUGCAGCUCAGAGUCUGACGGCUUGAGCCUCCUGCUUGAGGCGGGGACUGGGGUGAAUGCACCCGCAGAUGCCUUUGGUCAGUCCCCAGCGCACUUGGCUGCUUGUGGAGGACAAGCUUUUUUUCUACUCUGGCAACUGCAAACAGGCGCUAAUCUCAACCAACAGGAUUGCCAUGGAGAAGCUCCUAUUCAUAAGGCAGCUAAAGUUGGGAGCUUGGAGUGUCUUGCUCUACUCGUUGCCAGUGAUGCCAGAAUAGAUUUGUGCAAUAAUGAUGGACAAACAGCAGAAGAUCUUGCAUGGGCUUUUGGAUUUCUGGAGUGUGCCAAGUUCCUCACAACUGUUAAACAUACUCAAAAUAUGAAGCUAAGAGAACAAUCUAGCUGCUCACUUAAGGACAAUUGUGGUUUGCCAAGAGAGGCUUUAGCUGGACAGAAACGAGCAUAUGGAAUUAUGGGACCAACAAACAGAAAGAGGAGGAGAUCAGAUGAUAUCACAUCUUAGACUGCAAGUGGGAAAAUCUGUAACCCUGUGAAGAAUCUGAAAUCUGCAAAAAACAACAUUAUUGGUCUAUGAACUAA